AUGCCAGCCAAAGCUAAAACUAUCUUAAUAAUCUGGAAUGCAAUACUCGUUUGCUUUUGUUGGUAUUGCGGUGCUAAACCUGUUCAACCAUCAACGAAAGAUGGAUCUGUCCUCGACGUCCUCGAUAUCGUCAAUGGCCAACUACGUGACGUCCAAAUUAUUGUUGGCAAGUACUUAGCUGAAUAUCGCAACAGCUUCCCCAAAGACAACGAUAACGAAUUUGAGGUUACAUGUUGCCAAAAAAUUACAAUCAUAUCGCAUGAUGCGCUGUCUUCACCAUGUCUACGAUUGAAAAAGCUCGUCAAGAAUUUAUUAGAAUUUUCACGCCCUAAUGGAAAAUUUCAGCAGUUUAUUAUGCAAGGCAAAGUGCAGAAUAAUACCAAAUUAUUGUUAAAAAUUCAAUAUUUACUUGACAAGACGAAAAUUCUAUAUGAGAAUUUCCUCUACCUCUUUAGCUUUGAUCGGCGUUCAAAUGUGAAUAAAAUAUUUAGAAAGCUAGAAACUACACAGCCAUCACUAUCAUCAAAUAGUAAUAAUCAACCUAAAGACAUAAAUAUAACGACAGCGCCUUCGAUCGAAAAUGAUCAAAAUUUUAUGGAUGAAUGGUAUUAUAAUCUCGUCGAUUAUGAUAGCAACUUGAACGCCAUUUUUAUAACAUUGUUAUUACUACGGGAAAGUGUCGUCACGGAAGGACGAUUAGAUUGUCGUCGAUAG